GGAGCGGCCGAGGCGGUUCUCGGUGAGGUUCUCGGCCGGUGGCAGUCUGUCCCUUCUCGGUCUCCUGCCUGCGUAAAGAUAAGGUUGACAAAGAACAGGAACAAGAUGGCAUCUAUGCUUCAAAAUGUCAAGGCAACAAUGGGCUGGCAGAGACGCCUGCUUUUAGCUGACUUUGAUGAGAAUGAGAGCCCUGUACCAGACAAAUUCAAGAGAAAAGCUUCUUUCAGUUCUCUUCAUACUAUCUGCAUGUCUCUAAGAAAGCGAAUACCAUUAAAGCAAGUAGAGCUGAAUUUCCAUGAGACACCACUUUGGGAAAACAUGGAAGCAAGAAACAAGAGCCAAGUAUUCCAAAGUAUUACAAAAACAGCAAGAAAUGCUUUUGGAACAGUGUCACAGAAAAUACAGAAGACUUGCCAAAGCCCAGUACAUUCAACUGUGACUUUUCCAGCUGAAGACAUCGGCAGCAGCUCUGCAACCUGUUUUUCCAAGAAAAGAAGAACAGUACAAACACCUUGCCUUAGUGUGAACAGUGUUACUCCAGCAGCUAGAUCCAAAUGCACUCUGAGGUCCAGCAGAAGAUCCUUGCUUGGGCCAACAACAGCGUCAGAACAUAAAGAAUUGAGGGGUUUCCCAUCCUGGCAUGGUGAAGAUGCUGUCCCACUCUUGAAAUCAAGGACCGCAUCAGCAGCACUGAAGAGCCUCUAUUCAUCACCUACUCCUACCUGCAGAAGAAUAGAAGAGUUUGACUGUGAGUUGGAACUGGUCUCUUCAGGGAUUCACCAACUGAAGCAUCUCUUCUGGGCACCUGAUGAUGCUAUUGUGCACGGGGACAGUCAACAGGUUUCUGUAGUCAUUUUGAAGUCACAACAGUGGAGCUACAUUAGGACUUCAACUCACAACUUUAACACAGAUUGCUGUUCAAGUCCCUGGCACAGGAUUCUAGCUGCUCCAGGACAUUUCCUAUUUCUGAAGAAAAAGAGCUCUCUUCAUCCAGAAAGAUCAGCAGCAGGUAAGAAAACCUCAUCAGUAUGGUAAGAAGCCUUCCCUGCUCUAACAUCUUCUCUGGUACCUGUGCAAGCAGUGAACUGACUGGAGGAAGAUGGAGUAUGCUCUCUGGUAUACCUUGUGCAAUC